AUGUCGUUUAACAGAGAAGAAGAUCAAAAGUUGAAAUUCAAAACAUCCAAGAAAUUAAAGGUGACUUCGACUUUUGAAAGCAUGGAUUUAAAGGAAGAUUUACUUCGAGGUAUAUAUUCAUACGGGUUUGAAGCACCAUCCUCUAUCCAAUCGAGAGCCAUCACACAGAUUAUCUCUGGUAAAGAUGUUAUUGCACAAGCACAAUCAGGUACAGGUAAGACAGCAACCUUCACUAUUGGCCUUUUACAAGCUAUUGAUUUAAGAAAAAAGGAUUUGCAAGCACUGAUACUGUCUCCUACACGCGAAUUAGCAAACCAAAUUGGACAAGUAGUGACAAAUUUAGGCGAUUAUAUGAAUGUCAACGCAUUUGCAAUGACAGGUGGUAAGACCUUGAAAGAUGACUUGAAGAAACUCCAAAAAAAUGGCUGCCAAGUUGUCAGCGGUACACCAGGAAGAGUAUUAGACAUGAUAAAAAGGCAAAUGUUGCAAACAAGAAAUGUCCAGGUAUUAAUCUUGGACGAAGCUGAUGAAUUGCUGAGCGAAACUUUGGGUUUCAAACAGCAGAUAUAUGAUAUUUUUGCUAAAUUGCCUAAGAAUUGCCAAGUUGUUGUUGUAAGUGCGACAAUGAAUAAAGACAUUUUAGAAGUGACCAGAAAAUUCAUGAAUGAUCCUGUUAAAAUCUUAGUGAAGAGAGAUGAAAUAUCUCUUGAAGGUAUCAAACAAUAUGUCGUUAAUGUUGAUAAAGAAGACUGGAAAUUCGAUACCUUGUGUGAUAUAUACGACUCUUUGACCAUCACACAGUGUGUAAUAUUCUGUAAUACGAAGAAAAAGGUUGAUUGGUUAUCGCAGCGUCUAACUCAAUCUAACUUUGCUGUGGUUUCAAUGCACGGGGAUAUGAAACAAGAAGAGAGAGAUAAAGUUAUGAACGAUUUUAGAACUGGUCAUUCUCGUGUGUUGAUAUCCACUGAUGUUUGGGCACGUGGUAUUGAUGUUCAGCAAGUUUCUUUGGUCAUCAACUAUGAUUUGCCUGAAAUAAUAGAAAAUUACAUUCAUCGUAUUGGUAGAAGUGGUAGAUUUGGCAGAAAAGGUGUGGCUAUAAACUUCAUCACCAAAGCUGAUUCAGCAAAGCUAAGGGAAAUUGAACAGUUUUACGUUAUCAAAAUAAAACCAAUGCCAGCAAACUUUGCGGAAUUAUCAUGA